AUGGACUCGACCACGACGAUUGACGUCUCGACGUACGACAACCAGCUCCAAUGCCCGCUCUUUGGGACGUUACCGGGCGAGAUCCGCAACGAGAUCUUUGCGCUGGCGCUGGUGCAGUUCUCCGAGGAGGAGGGGGGCGCGGCGGCGUGUAAGCUGGCGUAUGUGGAGGGGCAGAAGGUGUUUUUGAGGGAGUUGGAGUGGGCUUUUUGGUUUGACCGCGGCCCAGAAGGAAGAACGAGAAACCACGCCUGCGAGAAGUUCUUCUCCGCCCUGACGGAGCAACAGGCGCGCGACCUGACCAAGGUGCGCUUCUUUACGCAGAUGUACUGGCUAGAGGAAGGGCGGAACCUGGCGACGCUGUUUGCGCAGCCCCAGUUCCGGCCCGAGGUGUUGACGAUCACGGUGCGGUACUCGGACUGGUGGUACUGGGAGAGCGACGAGCCGUUGCGGAUGAAGGAGGAUUGGUUGCGGGGGUUCCGGGGGCCGAGGGGUCUGAGGGAGCUGAGGGUCGAGUAUGAGACGCUUGUGGGGAAGAGGGAGGAGAUGAUGGGGAUUGUGGGGAGGAAUAAGGGGUGGAAGUUGGUUGUUGGGGGUGGUGGUGCUGGGAGGGAUGAUGGGAGGGUGAGAGAGGAUGGAGAGGAGAAGGGGGAAGAGGAGGAGGAGGAAGAAGAAGAAGGGUAUUUGAGUGCCGAGGGGACGGAGCUGGUGGAGUGGACUUGGACGGGGGCGAGUAAGCUCGGUGGGCAGACGUGGGCUCAUCACGGGGAGGGGGAUACGGUUGAGUAUGUUGUCGUUAUGGAUACGUGGAGGUUCGUCGAGGGGAGGAUGAGCGAGGAGGAUCGGGCGAAGAGGGUGGAGAUUCGGCCGAUGUAUUCUGGGUAUGCUCAUCGGCAUAUUCUCUGGUGGAGUUCGGACGAGGAUGAGGAUGAAGAUGAUGAUGAUGAUGAUGAGAAUUAUAAUGAUGACGAGGAAGAGGAAGAGGCUGACGAAUAAGGGUAUACCAUGAUCUGGCUGGUGCCAAUGGCUCGUGGUCGGUUGGAGGCUCUCGGCUGGAUUUGUUUGCCGGACAUGUCUUUCAAGAUGUGUGGUUGAGCAUGCAACAAUGAUUGUAUAGCUGAUAAGUGUCUACGGGAACACAAUUUGAUUCUUUUUUUGGGGA